AUGUCGAAAUUAUUAAAUAAGGUGUUCUUCGAACAACAAUGCCUAUUUCUCAGAGUGUCUAUACGGUAUCCUCUCGAACCCAAAUUAACGAAUAUUGGUUAUGACAGAUUAAUUGCAAAUAAGUUAUCCACAUUUAGCGAUGUUCUAUAUUGCAGGCCCAGCUUUAUUGGAAGUACAAACUUGGUGUCAAGGUACCCAGUUAUGGAGUUUGUACUUACCUCAAACGAAAUCAAUAAACUUUCUAAAGUCAUGACAAGCUUGGUAGGUCUGGAUGUUGAAAAAUGUACUACAGAUGUACCUAUAUGUGAUACCUUAAAACAAUCUAAAAAGUUGAAUGAUAUAUUUUCAAGUUUACAAGAAGAAAAUGGAAAUGUAGAUAACUUCAACAACGGUACAUUAAACUCUGCUAAAGCCGAUCACUUAACAUACACUGACGAUCUAUUCCUGGAUAAAUCUAAGAUGAAUUCUAUUGACACAGUAAUGUUUGACACUAUUGAAAAUAUCCCACGAAAUUUUAAAUUAUCUACUGUUACCAAACCCAUCAUCAAAGGUGAUGAUACAUUUAAAUAUAAAAAGAACAGCUAUCUAUCCCGAUUUGACAGUAACCUUGCAGAUAGUCCAUUUCUUGGCUUGAACAUCUGCUAUUUUGUCGACCAUAACACAUUACCUCUACAUUUAAAGGAAUGGGUUAGCAAUAUCGAAUACACAGGUAAUUUCCAAAAAUUGACAGAUACCUCCAGUAUAAAGGACUCUAAUGCAUUAAAUUUAUUAUUUCAUGGUUUUAAAGGGUUAAAAAAAACAUAA